UAUGCGCUGAGCUGAGCUGGAAGAAGCUGUUGGUGGAGUCGAUUACCUGUUUUAUGGAUUAUUGCGUGAAUGAAAAAAAACCUCUACUCCACUACUCCACAAUCCAUAUUCACCAACAAACCAGAAAUAAAAUCUUAAACUGGACUUCAUUUACGUGAAAGACAGAGAGUUACUAGAGUCAAUAUUUUUCAGUUUUGUGUUUUUACUAUAAAGACCACUUUCCUGACUGAUACAACUGCAUGUUCGCUGAGUGAAACAUUUUUUUUUUUAAUUUAUUGAAUAUUUUACCAGACUCGAAUAGCUUUGGGUGAAAAUCAGCUCUUCCACAAUGUUCAUGGCUGGAAAAAGGCGUCUUUGUUAGAGGGCAGCUCCUCUCUUCUUCUUCUUGUCCGUCAGUGCAUCAUGGCGUCUACUCCUCGUCCUACUCCUACUCCUUACGACACUGACAAGUACCCGAAGACUCUGAAGGUUUUUCUGGAUCACUGUGGUCAACGCAGGUGUAAGAGCGCCUUCAUCCAGGACAUCCUACCCAACAUUCUCUCCAGCAUUGGCAACGGAAAGUCACAGUUAAAUGUCAUCGGAGUUGGAAGUGGAGCAGGUGACGUUGACGUGGAGAUGCUCACUCAGCUGCACCUGAAGCAUCCCUGGGCGCGGCUGGAUUAUGAGACAGUGGAGCCCAGCAGACAUCAGCUCCGUAAAUUCAGAGAGACGGUCAAUCAGAACUCCCAUUUUGAUUUCGUCAAGUUUACCUGGAAUGAGAUGACGGACACGGAGUUUGAGGAGCACUGGAAACAGAAGAACAUCACCAAGAAGGUCGACUUCAUCCACAUGGUCGAGAUGCUGUACUAUGUGAAGGAUCCUGAAGCCGCCAUCAACUUCUUUCACAGUCUCCUCGACAAGAACGGAAAGCUGCUCAUCAUCUUAGCGGACGAGGUGUGUUCUCAGGUGAGGGUUUCCAAAGUUGUCCAAGGUCAGCUGUGUCAGGAAUAUCAUCCUUCUUCAGCUUUGUCCAUAGAAGUGAUCAAGAGUCUGCUGGACGCCCGCGGGGUCGUCUAUGAGAGCUACCAGCUGCUGUCUACUGUGGACAUCACAGACUGUUUCACUGAAGGACAUGAGACCGGAGAACUGCUGCUGGACUUUCUCACUAAGGUGCAGGAUUUCAGUAAAAGAGCGUCUCCUGAGCUCAGACGGGAGGUGAUGACGGUGCUCAGAGACUGCAGCGUCGAGAAGGACGGACGAGUCAUGGCUAAUGACAGCCACAGUGUCUUAAUAAUAAAUGCAUUGGAUUAAAUUUGUAUGGGAAAAAUCAGUUUCUCUUGAAUA